AUGUUUUCUUUUUACCUUUUUAGCGCUGUUUUUUCUGUUAGACAAGAGAAAUACACGAAAUGCACUGAAUCAUAUUUCUGCACUCGUGAUAGAUCUGUUACAGAUCAAGUUUGGUCGAUUCAGCCAAACACAGUAAAUUCAAAUAAAACUACAUUCACAGCCAUAAUCGAUGAUGUUAACUAUUCAACAAAACUUUCACUUAAAGUUAGCAUACAUCACAAUAAAACUGCUCAUAUCAAAGUUAAACCAUUAGAUAAAGAAUCAUUCAACAGAUAUGAUUGCGAAUUAGAGCCAACAGUUAUUAAUCAGGAAUAUAUUUCUUCUUUUGUUGAUAUUCAAGUUGAAAAUACUGAUUCUCAAUCAAUAAUUUCUGCAGAAGGAAUCAAAUUAAUCGUAAAUUACAAUCCAUUUUCCAUUGUUGUCAAUGAUGAGAAAGGUGAAGCACUUCUAUUCAAUAUGGAUAAUGCAGCUGUAUUUGAAACUCAACGCAGCAAAGAAAAAUAUCCAGAUUUAUUCAAAGACAGGUAUUUCAAUGGAUUUAACGAUGUUUUCAAGAAUGGACCAACAUCUGUUGCCAUGUCAUUCCGCUUUAAUGGCAAGCAAACUCGUCUUACAGGCUUACCAGCACAUACCUUACCAUUAACUCUCGAAAAUACAUCAGAGCCAAUCAGAUUCUUCAAUACUGAUAUCAACGAGUUCGAAAUUGGCAACGGUAUGUCAAUGUACGGAGCUGUUCCUCUCAUUUUCAUGCAUUCAUUAGAUAGAUCAAUUGGUCUCUUCUGGUGCAACCCAUCAGAGACAUGGGUAGACAUCAAGAAUGCUCAGGACAGAUCCAGUUCCGAUGCCAGAUACAUUUCUGAAGGAGGAUAUAUUGAUAUUUACGUUUUCCUUGGUUCUCCAAGCGAAAUAUCGAACUCUUACACAUCCUUAACAGGCAGACCACAACUUACUCCAUUGUUUGCCUUAGCUUACCAUCAAUGCAGAUGGGGAUACAUGACACAGAGCGAUUUCUUGGGCGUAUCCACAAAAUUAGACGAAAUCGGUGUUCCACAUGACGUUAUGUGGCUGGACUUAGACCACACAGACGAUAAGAAAUACUUUACAUUCCAUCCAUCGAAUUUCCCUGAGCCAAAGAAGAUGUUGGAGACAUUUGCCAAGGACCAAAGAUAUGUGGUUACUCUUGUAGAUCCUCAUUUGAAGGCAGAUGGUGGCUACAACGUAUACAAUCAGGCGAAUUCCCAAAAAUUACUUGUAAAAACAAGGGAUGGAUCAGUUUAUCGUGCAAAAUGCUGGCCAGGAGACUCGGUAUGGCCUGAUUUCUUCAUGCCAAAAGCACGUGCAUGGUGGGAAUCCUUGUUUUCAUUCAAACAUUACUCAAAUUCUGCUUCAAACUUAUUCGUUUGGAAUGAUAUGAACGAAAUAUCUGUUUUUGAUGCAGCAGACAAUACAGCGCCACGUGAUUUGGUCCACUACGGCGACAUUGAAGAAAGAGAAAUCCACAAUAUGUACGGCCACAUGAUGAUUGGAGCUACAUUCGGCGGUCUAAGGAAGCGUGAUGAGAAGCCAAUGCGUCCAUUCAUCCUUUCCCGCUCUUUCUUCGCCGGAUCCCAGAAAUAUGCCUAUGUUUGGUCGGGUGAUAACGCAGCUGACUGGAACCAUCUCAAAAAUUCAAUACCAUCUGUUCUAUCGUUUGGUCUUGGUGGAAUUGUCUAUUCCGGUGCUGAUAUUGGCGGUUUCUUCAACUCCCCUGAUGAAGAUUUACUUUCAAGAUGGUAUUCAAUCGCCGCUUGGACGUAUACUUUCUUCAGAGAGCACUGCCACCAUUUGGCUUCACAAAGAGAAAUUUACUUAAUCAAAGACGAUAAAUACAGAAAACUUGCCAAAACCGCUGUAAUUGAGAGAUACACGAUGCUUCCUUACUGGUACACAUUAGCUAAAGAGUCCAAUGCAACAGGCAAGCCAUUAGUUAGACCUCUUUGGUACGAGUUCACACAGGAAGAAAGUGUUCUUGAUAUUGAUGACCAAGUUAUGUUAGGUGACAAAUUAAUGGUCAUUCCUUUCAUUGAAAAAGAGCAGAAAGAUAGAAAUAUUGUCUUACCAAACAUUUCUAAAUGGUAUGAAUUUAGAACACUCCAACCUUUCGAACAAACAGUCGCAAAGUUUACUGAUGGAAAUUGCUUAGUUUUGAUCAAAGGAGGAAGUAUUGUUCCAAUGAAAUGCAGAGUCAGAAAAUCAUCAAAACUCAUGUUCUAUGAUCCAUUCACUUUAGUUAUUUCCGCUGAUGAAAAUGGAGCUGCUGAAGGAAAGUUAUACAUUGAUGAUGGUGAAUCUGAAGAAUUCGAAAAGGGUUCAUUCAUCUACAGACAGUUUUCUCUUGAAAAUGGAAAACUAUCUAACAGAGCUGUUCCUCCAAGAGUAAUGAAUGAAUUUGGCUACAAAUAUGACAAUUAUAUCGAAAGAAUUAGGAUUUCUGGUAUCAAGGAACCACAAUCUAUAACAGGACCAAACGGAAGAAUGGAGUUCGAAUACGAAGAAGGUGUUUUGACAAUUAGAAAACCAGGCCUCCUCGUUCGUGACGAUUGGUCAAUUACAUUCCAAUAA